AUUUUGGCUCAGGGCAAGCACUCCGUGCCCCCCUAUCUGAAUUGAACAUAUACUGCUACACUUCCACGGUAUCGUCUUGAAGACGAUGGCGUACAAACUACGCGUUGCAAUGCCCUUUGCGUUCGCUUCCAUGGUUGGCGCCGAGUUGCAGCUCAUCCAGACGUCUGCGCGGGGGCUGGUUGAAGAUUUCAUGCGCUCUGGCGGGAGGCCAGUGGAGACGCCCGAGCCAACGAUGGAGCCCGGGGUCCCGUGCAGUUGCAAUGUAACUUGCGGUAGUUUCCCAUACUAUGACACGGAUGGCAGUGGCUGUCUUGAGCUUCCGGAGGUCGAGGCGGUGGACGGAUUGGCCGGGAAGAUGGAGGUUUGGGAUUUGGAUGGCGACAAUUGCCUCAACCAGACGGAGUGCGAGGCUUCCGACCUACCUCCCUCGAACCCGCCUGUGCCUGUGCCGAGUCCUUGCACUACAUGCGCAGAGUGGCUGCAACCUGGCACGAGCGUUUGCCAGUCGUGCACUGGGGAAACCAGGCGUCGUCGCGCUGAUUCAUGCACCACGUGCGAGACUGGCAAAUUCGCCGUUCAAGCUUGCGACAAUUGCAUGGAGGACGAUGCUAUGUACCUCAAUGCGAGUGCAGAGGUGGGCCACACCAGGAUCUACGUCAACAAGAACACCGACUUGGGCGGAUUCUCUCCGACCGUCGGGGAUUCGAUCACGAUUUCUAAGUGCUGCUGUGAAAGCGCUAGCGACCACGGUACGUUUGUCAUCACAGGCGCCGCGCCCAGCACCCCGGCCAUCUCCUUCGACAUUCCGGCAUUGACUAUGGAUUUCAGCGAGUACGACCGUGUUACCAAGACCUGUUCUUCGACUGAUGGAGUUGGCUAUCCCAGUUUCUUCCCAUGCGGAUGUGGCUCAGAAAUUUGUGGCGAGUCAACGAAGUGCGAUAUUACUGGCGCUGGUGGGUGCGGCACUUGCAUUCCCACCACCUUGCCGACACCAGCCCCUACAGUGUCGGCCAAGGGCGACCCGCACCUGGUCAACCUGAAUGGGGAGCACUUCGACGUGAACCACGGGGGCGAGUUCACUCUGCUGCGGAUCCCUCAGAACACUAUAAAGCCCGCCGAGGUGGAGUUGAAGGCCUCGAUCCUCCCCGAGCACGGGAAGCCGUGCACAACAUACAUCACCGAGGUGGAGAUCUCAGGCAGUUGGCUAGGCGGCAAGGUCGUGCAGGUGCGCUCCUACCUCAGGUCGCACGUCAAGAACGAGACCGACAAGUUUCUAGGUUUGCGGGUGCUGGAUCGAACCCUUGGCGCGGUUGCCGACGAGGCCCCGUGGCAGAAGCUUUCGCAGUGGGCCGACACAAGCUACGUCGUCUCGGAGCCUCAGUCAAAGGAUGGUUUCGAGGUGUCCUUGUCCACGGCGAAGUGGCACAGCAAGAAGGACGCCUUUGGGGAUGUGCCGACCGUGGCAGGGCAGGUCGAGAUCCAGAUGACUAACAAGUGGCUUGCCAGCGAGCCCACGAAGCUCGUCAUCCGCCAAGACCUGCCCAGGCAGGAGCACCUGAAUCUGGCCGUGCGGCGCCUGAGCUCGCUGGGCCGCGCGGACGUCGGCGGCCUGCUUGGGUUCGACGAGCACCCCGAGUCCCUGGAGGAUGUCACGCCCGAGUGCCAGCGCCACAGGGAUGGCCUCGACCAAAAGGCUGGCCCUCGCCACAGCAUGCCAGACUGGAAGGUCCGCUGGGAGAAGAUCAAGGAGCAGCGCAUGCAGCCGCGCCACACAGACAGCCUGAACGACAACGAGGCUGCCGCCAGCCUCGCUAGCAGAGACAUGAUGUGCGUGUGCCCGGGUGACGCCUCUGGAGGCCUCGAAGACGACGAAUACAUUGAGGGCCUGCUCGGCGGUGACAACAUCGGUGGCGUCCUCGUCGAGUUCCAGACGGGUAGGCUGGCCGAGGCGACGUGGGACUGAGAGGCGAGCACAUCGACUGGCUCAAUCUAGUCAUUUUCCACGGGUUCACAUCUUGUUCGCACGUUUGCUUCUAAUUAUGUGUUGGCCCGAUGGCCUCUCUGACAGGAGGGGUGCCAGCGCAGCGGUGAGAAUUCCCGCAGGCCGGCAACGAUGCACUGUCAGGCUCGGGGGCGUACGUGCUUAGUGACGCGCGCGUGCCACACGGAAAAGCUCAACCUUCAAAAGAUACAGCUUCGAGUGAGUCUUCGAAGCGUGGGGGCACGCGAAAAGCAUCUACAAACAUGCUAGGGUGUGGGCAUUUAUGCAUGCAUGUCUAUAUGUACGUAUCUACAAAGAG